GAAGUGUCCAGGUGCGCCAUGAGUCUCCACUUGCCCAAGCACCACUGGGGCACCCGGGGCAUGGAUGCCUACGAGAAGCUGGAGUGUAUUGGUGCUGGCACAUAUGGCCAAGUGUAUAUGGCCAAGGACAAGGUGACAGGCGAAGUGGUGGCCAUCAAGAAGAUCCGCAGUCUUAACGAAGUGCAGGGCCUGCCGGUGACGACGAUUCGGGAGAUUAAAGUGCUCAAGUGUCUUAACCACCCCAACAUCGUCGAUAUGAAGGAAGUCGUGGUAUCUGCUGAAAACGACGACGACGAUGCUGAGUUUACGGACAAAGAUGAGCCUCUGGACUAUUGUCAUGGAUCCAUAUACUUGGUACUCGAGUACCUGGAGCACGACUUAACGGGUCUUAUUGACCGUCAGCACCCUUUUAACGACACCGAGAUCAAAUGUCUGAUGAAGCAGCUGCUCGGCGUCAUGAAGUACAUGCAUUCCAUCGACAUUAUCCAUCGGGAUAUCAAGUGCUCCAAUCUAUUGAUGACGAGAGAUCACAUGCUCAAGGUGGCAGACUUUGGUCUUGCGCGCUCAUUGCGUGGCGACCAGCUGUUCACGAACAAAGUGGUGACGCUGUGGUACCGUCCGCCGGAGCUUCUUCUUGGCGCUACGAGCUACGACGCCAGCAUUGAUAUGUGGAGUAUUGGCUGCGUGUUUGCUGAGCUGUAUAUCGGCCACCCGAUCUUCCAAGGCAAGACUGAACUCGAGCAAAUCACAAAGAUCUUUGAUAUUUGCGGCACGCCAACCACCGAGUCGUGGCCCGACUACAAGUUCCUGACACACAGCAGCACCUUCGUACCGGACAAACCGAAACCCAAGCGUCUACGCGAGUAUUUGAUGCGUGAAACCACAUCAAAAAAGAGGAUUUUGCCCAAAGGAGCGCUCGAGUUGAUCGAGGCUUUGCUCGUACUGGACCCAGAGCAGCGAUUGACCGCGGGCGAUUGCCUCAAAGCCCAGUACUUCCAGACGCGUCCGUAUGCCCCUGACGACCCCAAGAAGCUCCCCCCUAUUACGAACCUACCUCCGUCGCACGAGUAUCAGACCAAGAAGAUCCGUCGUGAACAGGCCAAGCAGUUGAACGGAGGUGCGAACAACAGCAACAACAACACCGGAGCCGGUGGAGGACGAGUCUCACGUCCUGGAAGUCCCAGUGGAGGUCGCUCGAGACAGAAUAAUGCCAAGGAAGCGGCUGAAGUGACGGUGAAGAUGGAGAUCAAGAGAGAGGAAGAUUUCGCUGCGAAAAAGCGGCGACGUGUGGCAUAA